AUGAAUCUGAAAUUGCUUCAAACCCUUCUCAGAAAGGCUUUUACGACAAUGAAGAAAUGCGGCAAUGCAAUCAAUCAUUCAAUAUCAACCCUGGAGCUUAAUGACACUGGAUCUUUCCCUGAUGAAGUUGAGAUGACCCCAAUGUGCUUUUUAAAAUGUUAUCUUGAAUCUAUUGGUGUUCUCGAUAAAGAACUUCAGAUCAACAGAGUUAAAGCUGUUGAAUUGUAUAACUUGAACGAUGAUUCUGAAACUUAUGACGAUUGCGCGGACGACAUGUCUUCAGAAAAUGUUACUGACGAAUGUGAAAAAGCUUACUUCUUCGUUCGUUGUGUCAUGUCUCGUAAACUUUUUGACAAUUUGGAGGAAGAUGAGAUGGUUUAA